UUAUACACUGUGUCUUGUAGGUUAGGUACGUUGUAUAAUGACAAAUUCGUAAACUAACAUCUAAGCUUACUUAGCAAAACAAAAUUAACGUACGAAUUUGGACAAUAAAUUAGUGUAACCGCUGGAGAUAUGGCAAAGUACAUUGCUCAAAUUAUUGUGCUCGGCGGUCAAGCAAUAGGACGUGCAUUUGCCAAGGCGCUCAAACAAGAAAUUGCCGCAUCACAAGAAGCUGCAAAGCGGGCGGGAGGCGGCAGACAAGGAGAUCAGAGUGCUGAGUCCAACCUGCGAACUGGCAUGACACUGGAGGAGGCCAAACAAAUUCUGAACGUGGAGGACGCGAAAAACGUGGAUAGCAUUAUCAAGAACUACGAGCAUCUGUUUAACGUUAAUGAGCGCAGCAAAGGUGGCUCAUUUUAUAUACAAUCUAAAGUCUUUCGGGCAAAGGAGCGAUUGGAUUAUGAGGUGAAAGCGCAGCAACAAAACCAGAAAUCAAAAGACGAGCCCGAGCAACAAGCAGAGGAAGCGCCACAAAGCAGAGCAAGACAACGACGCUAAGCGAUCGAUUAUUAUGCUUUCUACCUCUAAACGAAACUAGCUUUAGUUCUUAAUUAAUUAAAAUAACUGUUAAGUAGAAAAGCACAUAGAGUUUGUAUAAACAAGUUAUUAUUUUAUCAUAUUUCCACAACAUUUGUGGUAUUGCCAAUAAAAUCAUAUGUUCGGUG